AUGGAUCGCGCCGAAGAGGACGACCACUUUGACUACUUGUCGGCACUCAAGACGAUCGCAAACAGUGGCGGCGCUCACAGCGAAGCCCUUCCCAAGAAGUCUUCGCAACACAUUGUCGUUGAUAUCAGUGACGACUCCGAGGAAGACAUUAACAACGCGAGUGAUGAGGACGUCGUAUCGCCUCAAGACAUAUCGCGAGUGAAGCCAUUAGUGGUGGAGACGAGAGAUAUCUCCAAAACCACAGCCAAAGAGAAACCACAAGAGAGGAGGCAAUCAACCGAUUCCUCCGCAGAUAAUGUCCUCAAAGUGGUGCCAAAAGAGUUCCCUAAAGACGUGCCAUCAGUGGUGACGACCAAACGUGAGGUGAAAGCGGAUGCCAAUGAAACGCCUCAACAGUCAGCUCAAGACGUGAAGCCAUGUGUGGAUCGGAAGCCAAUACGCGGCUUCGGUCAGAGGUUUAUGGAGGCUAUGAAGCAGAGGGCGAGUGGAGUGACCGUCAAGUCGGAGGUGAAGCCAAAGCUGGAGCCCUUCGACCGCAAACCAAACGUAAAGCCUGUGUUUGGUUCGGACAUCAAGUGUUUUGCGGGCAUUAAGUCCGAGACUGCAGUCAAACACGAGUCGAGUCACGACUCGAAGGACACGAAACCCAGUGUUGCCAGAGAUGGCCAGUCAGUGGCCAACACUUCCCAGUCGUCCACCGAUACGGCCAGUGAGACAGUGGAGAGUCAGCCCUAUACCGGAGGGGAUACUUCUGAUGAUGUGGACAGUGAUGACACCAAUGGGACUCUAGACUCGGACUGGGAUGCCGACAACACCUCCGACACUGAUAGCGGCCAACAGUUGGACACCCCUUCGGACAGCAAUAUCCUGAUCGCCAUCCAGAGAGUGAAGUCUAUGCACCAAAAGCCCACAUUUGAGCGCAUUUUCAAACAGUUCAGUAAACCGCAGACCAAUUGUCUGGUCUCAGAGAAAAUGCUUGACUUUCGGAACGCCAUCAACGACGCCAUGAAGAGGAGUGUCAUCAAGAAAGUC